AUGGACUGCUAUCAUCUAUUGGGAGGCCCCUCCUGGGGGCCCCUACAGGGCCCCCAGGGGCCCCUGGGGGCCCCCUGGGGGCCCUGUAGGGGCCCCCAGGGGUCCUGUGUUGUCCCUGCGCAGGUUGUGUUGAAAUAUCAGAAGAAGAAAACGGAGACAGCAGAAGAUGAUGAUGAUGAGUUGAAGCGAUUACGCAGCAAUGGACUGCUAUCAUCUAUUGGGGGGCCCCUCCUGGGGGCCUCUCCAGGGCCCCCAGGGGCCCCUGGGGGCCCCCUGGGGGCCCCUCCAGGGCCCCCAGGGGUCCUGUGUUGUCCCUGCGCAGGUUGUGUUGAAAUAUCAGAAGAAGAAAACGGAGAAGAUUCGGUAAUAUCUGGAGAAGAAGAUACAGGGGAAGAGGCUGAGGUUUCAGGGCUGGGGGGCCCCGGGGGCCCCAGGGGCCCCGGGGGCCGCGGGGGGCCCCCUUGCCUUCCUCUUGGGGGCUUAUUGCGAUGUACUGCAUCUGAAGAGGAUGAGAGAGCAGCUGGCGUUUCUUCUUCAGCAGGUGUAAGGAAUAGAGAAUCUAUAUCUUUGAGUCCUUCUGCAGCAGCAGCACGAGAAGAGAGGACCCCAACAACUGGACGGGGGGCCCUAGAAGUUACAGAAACAGAGAAACCCCUGGUUUUGGCGGGGGCCCCCCGACGGCGGAGGCCCUCAGCUACAGAGGAGAACCGCUGA